AUGUCGCUUCGUGGGAGCUUUUUGGUGUGUUUAUGUGUGUCGUUGUCGUCAGCGUUGCAAACAUUAACGUCCGCUUCAAUGAACUGCUCCCAGCAGGGCUUGAGAUGUGCUGUCAGUCUUAAUAACUGCCUCGCGGAUGGUGAUUGGCUUAAAAUUAGGAAAUACACUCCAAGUGGUCCACAGGAUCUUAGAGUGUCUGUGAUGACCGUCCCAGAUGAAGUGGGAAGUUUGCAUCCGGUUUUGUUUGCUAACUGGACCAUAAGGGAUGAUGGCAGCAUCAGUUACCUGAAAGCCACUGAGCUUCAUGUCAUGGUGGAGGCUACUAAUCAACACCUGUGUGUUAAAUAUUCUUUUAAAGACAAACUUCGAAUGAGGAAUUCAAAUGAUGAAAUGUGGUCAUUCUCAGCAAAUAUGUUGGUGUUGGACCCUGGACACACAUAUUGGGUUUCUGUCUUUAACAUCCCCAAACCAGAAAUAGGCCACAGCGACUAUGACGUCAGCAGAAAAGUUGUUGUUCCGGGAUGCCAAGACUCUGCAAUGAACAUGACCCAGUUUUGCAUAGACAGAGGAAGUCUAUGGGAGUCCAACAUUAGCCUGACUACAAAAGACAAACAAAGACUGACAGUCAGCUUCAGUCCUGACCCCCUCUGUGAAGAAUACAAUGUGAUUGUAAACUGUGCCUCCAAACAACAUGUUGAUCAUGUGCACAAGGUCAACCAGACACGCCUGAAUGUAACGUUCAGCAUCAAUAAAUGGCCCAGAUCCUGCUGCCACUUUGACAUUUCGAUUAAACCGAUGUUCCCAAAAUGUGGCCAAGACUGCACCCGUCACACGAAAACGCUGCUCAUUUGUUCAGCCAAUCCCACCGAUGCUCCAGAUCCUCCUCAAUACACACCGGUUAUUGUAUGUGCAGUGCUUCUAUGUGCUGGGGGGUUUGCCAUUUUUAUGUUCAUCCAAUGCAGGAAGCCAGGCAAAGCUGGUGAUGGCUUGGUUGCUGACGGAGAUGAUAAACCACAACAGCGACAUCAAAUUCAAAAAAACCCAAAGGUUUUGGUGAUCUACUCCCAAGACCACCAUCUCUACAGGGACAUAGUGUUGAAGCUCUGCGCCUUCCUUCGGGCAAAAUGCGGCGCCGAGGUGCUCGUUGACCUGCUUGACACCACUUCGCUCGGCAUGGUCGGGCGCCUCCCCUGGUUGGAGUGGCAGCGACAACAGUUGAAGAAUCCCACCGACAAGGUCUUGGUGCUCUGCUCUCGAGGCGUUCAGGCCAAGUGGCGAGCCAUCUGCGGCCACCGUCGCGUCACGCUGAGGGAAGACCUCCUGUCACCGACCGACGAUAUGCUCACCCCUUUUCUGAACCUCUUUCUGCCCGACAUGCACCAAGCGCGCAAACACGGCAAGUACGUGGUGGCUUACUUUAGCGACGUCAGCAGUGAGCGGGACGUGCCAUCGGUUUUUGACAUUGCUGUGAAAUACACGCUGAUGAAACACUUUGAGGAGCUGUACUUUGGCCUCUUGGACAUGGAAAAGUACCAGCCGGGUCAGGUCCGUCAAAUUGAGGGUAUUGGCGGGGAUGAAUACUUCAACUGUCCUUCAGGUCUUGCCCUGAAGAACGCCAUUGAAACCUUUCGCGCGUACCAGAUUGAAAAUCCCGACUGGUUCGAGGAGGAGUGCGUGCAUAGCGAGGAGGACCUCCUGAUGGAAACCGAUGCACUCAAUGACCAGCGGCAGGGAUCGCCCAUUCUUGAGUGUGUUCCUCUCAUCAGAGACGCCUUUCCUCUUUAUGUGUGUGAUGCACAAAUAAAAGAAAAGGAAAACAGCGUUCAAGUCUUAACCCCUGAUCUGAGUACUCAAAGCCAGAAAUCAUCAGUGGCUGAGCUUGUACCUCAUAUCAAUUCUGUGUACAGUCAACACUCAGUUCUGGCCCACCCAAAUCCUCCAAACACUCCUCCUGUUUUAGUAGUAGAGCCUGUUUUAUCGAGAAAGCUCUGCCCAUCUGCUGAAAGGAAAGGUGGCAGUCAGAUUCCAGAGGAGGAUGAGGAAGAGUGGCCAAGCACGUCCUCAGUCCUGAACCCCCCGGAAGCAAACUCACAACAGUUACCUUGUUUGAGUGGAAAGAGUCCCUCUCAGAACCAAAUCAGCCAGCCUGUAGAGAUGCCCGGGGAUGAGCCAGGUGCAGAGGGUUCAAAUAGUGGAUCUGAUCAAGGCUACAUCUCCAAAAUGCCUUCCCCUUUUGGAACUGGCUAUAAAGAAGAUCCAUUAGUGGCUCUGGCAAGGCUACAAGAGGAACUGUUUCUACAAACUCUUGAUAGCACUGAGUUGGAUCUUUAG